AAGUGCCAGUGAGAAGAAGGAAUCUGAGAAGAGGCAUGCUGGCGGGUGCAGCUUUAAGUGGGGUGGCCAGGGUAGGCUUCAGUGAGCAGGUCUCCUCUAAGCAAGUAUUUGGGAAAAAAAAACACAGGAGUGAGUGAGUUAGCUAGUCCCAGUGAAGUAUUGGAGGGAAAGGAGACAGGCCUGGUGUGAAGACUCUGAGAUGGAACCAUGCAGGUGCGUUCCAGGCCCACGGGAAGACAAAGAGACCAGAGCCAAGUAUGCAAACAGGAAGAGCAUCUGGAGAGGGGGUCACACAGACUAACCUUGGUACAACAUAGGAGGGAACUAGACAAGAGUGUGAGUACCAGCAGAAAACACAAAAGACAUCAUCAUGGUAUAUGAAGAAGAUGCUGAAGAAUGGGCUUUGUACUUGAGGGAAGUUUUUUUAUGUGUUGUGAAAAGGGAAGCCAUCCUGUUACAUCGCUUGGAGAAUUAUUCUCCUCCAGAUUUGGAAUUGCUGAAUUUAAACUCUUACAAAUGUAAACUUUUGAUAUUAUCAAACAGCCUGCUUGAAAACCUGACUCCGACGAAGUGUCAGUUUCUGGAAAACAUACUUCUUUCACCAGAAAGUGUGGUUACUCUGCUGUGUGGGGUGAAGAGUUCAGAUCAGCUCUACAAAUUAUUAAAUAUCUCUGGAAGCAGAUGGGAGAUCUCAACUGAGCAGGAGCCUGAAGACUACAUCUCUGUAAUCGAGAGUGUCAUAUUCAGAGGUUCUGAUGACUACUUUGAGGUCAAUAUUUCAACAGACCUAACAGUGAAACAUUCUGAGCAAACAAGUGAGAGAAAAGAAAGUGAAGAAUUAUCAGAAGCUUCAAGAAGCACCAGAUCCCAGGCAGUGGUACUUCCUGCUGAAGUUCCAUGUGAGAAUCCUGGUGAAAUAUUUAUUAUUUUGAGAGAUGAAGUAAUUGGUGGUACUGUGGAGGUUGAAUUUACGUCAAAUAGUAAAUGCAUUAGAACACGGCCAGCUCUCUGGAGUAAGACAGUCUGGUGUAUGAAAGCUUUAGAUUUUCCUGCUGGCUCCGUCAAUGUCAGUGUCUACUGUGAUGGAAUCAUUAAGGCCACAACAGAGAUUAAAUACUAUACAACAGCAAAGGCUAUGAAAUGCCUAUUGGAAGUGGCAGGUCCAGAAGAUGGUGUGUGCCAGAAUGACAUUGAUGAACUUGAUAAUAUUCUCACAUCCACAUUCAAACGUGAGAUACCAUAUUAUGAGUUCCGAUCACUCCAAACUGAAAUCUACCCUCAAAAAGAACAUACAUACUUCGAAGAACUUCCAACUCUUCUCCAUUGUGCAGCAAAAUUUGGCUUAACGAACUUGGCUAAUCAUUUGCUUCAAUGUUCAGGAGCAACCUGGGCAUCUAAGAUAAAAAAUGUGGAGGGCUCAGAUCCAGCACGUAUUGCUGAAAGGCAUGGGCACAAAGAACUCAAGAAAAUCUUUGAAGACUUUUCAAUCCAAGAAGUUAGCAGAAAUAAGGAGCAAGAACAUGACUAUGAAGAGGAUGUUACCUCAUCUUCCACAUGUUCUCCCCCCAUGCAGACCCCAGCUCUUCACCGUGAAAGCUGGCAGAUCUACAGGCCGAGGGCGGAAGGAGCCGAGGUGAAUGAAACAGCAGAGGAAGAAAAAGAGAAUGAAUGGGGCACCGAGGCCGAGCACAGCCUAUCAGAGCCUGACAGUGAGAGUGAGAACCAGUAUGAUGACUUGUACGUGUUCAUUCCUGGAGACAACCCAGAAGAUAGUUCACAAGAGCCCCCCGUGAGCAGCAGACCACCUCUCCCUCCGCCGCGACCUGCAGCCGCUGCCUUCCAACUGGAAAAACCUCCGUUCCCGUUACAAGCAGGAAAUAUGUUGAGAGACCAAGUGGAGAGAAGUCAAAGUUGGUGUGAUUCUGGUGCAAGAUACAAAAUAGGAGGUGAACCCAAAAGAGAAAAAGAAGAGAAGGAAAAUGAAAAGGAUGAAGAUGAGGAGGAAGACCCAUACUCUUUCACUGAGAUUGAUGACAGUGAAUAUGACAUGAUACUAGCCAAUAGGAGUAUAAAGAAAAAAAUCGAAAGUCGGUCUUUCAUCAUGAACAGACCUCCUGCCCCCACACCUCGACCCACAAACAUCCCUCCAAAAGAGGAAACUACACCUUACAUAGCACAAGUGUUUCAACAAAAGGCAGCCAGAAGACAGUCUGAUGGUGACAAGUUUCAUGGUCCUAAGAAACAAGACAGAACUCGGUUGGAGAGUCAAGCCUUUUCCACCGUAAGUGACUGCCUCGCUUCUGGGCAGGAAGAACUUAUCCUCCUGCAAGAGAAAGUCAAGAAUGGGAAACUCUCUGUCGACGAAGCCCUGGAGAAAUUUAAACACUGGCAGAUGGGAAAGACUGGCCUGGAAGUAAUUCAGCAGGAAAAACUACGCCAACUACGAGACUGCAUUAUUGGGAAAAGGCCAGAAGAAGAAAAUGUCUACAAUAAACUCACCAUUGUGCACCAUCCAAAUGGUAACGAAAGUGCCCCCAGUGAAAGUAUGCUUUAUAACAUACCCUUUGGCAAUAAGCCUCCUCCUCGAUUCCAAGUUGAAAAAGAAUUUGGUUUCUGUUUCAGGAAAGAUCACUAAAGAAGGUUAUCAUAAUGAAACUGAAGGCUCUGCAGACACUGUGCUUUCUGGGUGACGCAAGCUUGCAUUUGGAUUGCCUGCUGUCUUCAGGGCAAAUCUAUACUAUGAAAACAGAAGCAAGCUCCUGGAUUUCAGAAUUUGUUAUUGCCACAAUUUAUUGGCAUUAGACCUGCUUCAGAUGGGUAUAUCAAGAUUAACAUUGAGCGCUGUAGAGCAAUUGCAUUCUUUGAACAUUCUUGCAUUUGACAAUGCACUUUGCCACUGAAGUAGCUAUUUCCUGUCUUGAAAGUUAAAGAGAAGUUAACUGCUCUGUAGCAAGUUAUUGGGCCUGUUUAAGGGGCUAACCUUAAUAGUUUACUCCUCCUACACUUAGAGUAACCAUAAAAAAUACAAAUUUACUUCGUACAUAUUUGCUUUUCAAAUGGGUGAUCUGUUUUCUCAAUUUCUCACGUUCAAAGCUCUAAUUAUUGUUGUCACGUCAUGCUUGCAGCUACCUUUCCUUUUUUAGAGUCUAUUUGCAUAUAAUCUUGAGAACAUUAUUUUUUUAACUUUCUAUAUCUCAAAUUAAUAUACAUUUCCAAACCUAUAUUCUCUAUUUGAAGGCUUACAAUUUCAUCAACCUAUUUCUUAGAAACAAUUUACUAACUUAGAAUAGAAUGCGGUUUUAUCAUUCUGUGAUUUCUAUACACAGUUGCUGCAAACAAAGUGAAUAAAGCUAUGUCUGACCUUUAAAAAUAAAUGUAUGAGAAUUAACCUCUAAAUUCUUCUGCUUACCAGUUUACAAAGAGAAGUCAACCAACAUUUUUUUAAAUAAACUCGAUUUAUUUCACUGUGUAGGGCCCAUAAAUUAAACACAUAAAUGAUUUUUUCUAGCUUCUAAACAGUAGAGGUAUCUAUUAAAAAUGAUUCUGCAGUGAUUGAUACGGACAGCUAUUUAAAGUGACUCUGCGAAACAGUGCCUGUAAGUUUCUCAUGACUAGUAACACUCUCAAGCUCAAGUCUUGAAAAAUAAUAUAGUAGUUUGAUCAAUCCCUAAUAGAAAGUACUUUGUCAUUAUGACAUUUGGAAAUUUGGUCCAUAGUUUCACAUCUAAGCUUUCAAGAAAUGGAAUGUCCUUCCACACUCAGAGCCCCCAUUUCUGUGGAUUGUCCCAUCCAAAGAGUCAGGAAAAGUAAUAGGAAAACUGACUGCUUUUCUAUAGUUUUCUACAUCUACAGAAUUCAAAUGUGUCUUAUUAUUGCUAAAGUAAGAAUUUCCAUAUUGGCCUGUGACGAGUGCCUACAAGCCCACUGUGGACUGCAUUCUUAUUAAAAAUGUGAAAUCCAUUAACAGGCAAAAUGUGAACUUUUCUAAUUACAAAGCACUUUAGAUCAUUUCUUACCUGAGAUUCAGUUAGGGUGGAAGUGGGAGAUAAAGCCUGACUGUUAUUCAGAUCUUUAACAUAGGAAGAAGUCUCAAUUCAAGACCUCUAAAUACUGUCUUUAUGAACUGGGCUAAUUUAGAAUAAAACCAUGGUGAAAAAAAAAAAAAAAACCCUUUAAUAGUCUCUUUCCCUAGACACUCUGGCCCUUGAAAUCUUAUUACUUGGUCAUCACAACGAAAUGUAGAACAAGAAACCUAAAAGUAACUGAGGUCCUCCCAGUGCCUCCCUAGCCACAGCUCCUCCCCUCCGUGAAUGAUUAGGCUUUGCUAGAGGAAGGAAGAUGUUAGAGGAGUUGGAGCUGGGGGAUCGGAAGGAGUUCACAUCAUGCCAUUUGCAUGGAAGGGAGGAUGAAUAUUAGAGCAAUGCUAAGGUGGAAGAAAGGUAAUCCAUUUUCAAGAAUGAUCCCAACUGAAAAAGUCCAGAGGGAAGCAGUAUUUUUUAAACUCUGGCUUUAUCCCUAACAUACGGAAUACUGUCCAGCAAAUUUGAGUCACACUACAGAAGCUUUUUUUAGUGAUGGAAGAGAUCAGAUGUUGGGAUCUAGACUAGCAGACUAGGAAGAGAGGAACUUUCCUUGGAGAUUUCCUAGUCACGGACAGAAAAGAAAGACCUACAUGGAAGAUCUUCUGAAGAUUUUGCACUGAUUCUGGAGGCCUGAGCAACCAGUAGGUAAUAUAUUUUAUCUUUCCCAUCAUCCCUUCCUCAAUUUGGAUUAGUUCCCAAGCCAUCACUCGUAACUUAAACAAGAACUAGCCCCUUCCUCGGGUCCUUAAAUUUACCUGACUGACUUCUAGAGAAAUUUGAAUUGGUAUUAAAUGUUAUCAAAAGAAUAUGUUUAAUAUUAAUUCCAUUCUCUUCUACUUAGUCAAUUUUCUAGGAUAAAAAAAGAGAAGCAUCUAGACUAGUGGUUCUCAGCUGGGGCACUUGGCAGGACCUGGAGACAUAUUUAUCGUCACGACUGUGGGGCAGGUGCUCUUGGCAUCUAGUGUGUAGAGACAAGGGAGGCUGAUAAAUAUCCUGUAAUACACAGGACCAAGAAUUAUCUUGUCCAAAAUGUCAACAGUGCGAGGUCGGGAAACUUGAUCUAUGUGAUGAAGUAAAAUGAGGCUAACACUUAAAAGAAUGUUGUUAAAAUAAAAACAGUUAACUUUAUAUGGAAUCUUCUGAACAUGGAACCCCCCGUGAUAACAUAAAUCUGUGUUUUUAUUUUGAAGUGCAUGUGGCAUAACUUAAAUAGGCCAUUAAAUACUGAAAAGAA